AUUUUAAUUAAAUAAUACUAAAUUAGUCGCAAUAUCUCAUCAACCUUCAAAUAGGAGGUAUGGAAUUGUACAAAACAGUUUUUAAAAGCAUAUUAUCAACUGAUUAAUCACCAAAAGGUUAAUCAGUUAUCAAUAUCUAAUAGAAUGGAUAAAUUACAAUAAAAGAUCUAAAAAUUUUAAUUUGUGUUUCAAAUAAUUUUUUAUCAGUGAUAAAUAUGAAUUAAAACUUUAAUAUAUAGAUGGAAUAAUUAUAUCUUUCUGAUAAUAAAUCACCUAUGCAAAGCAUUUUCUUAUUCAAUUAUUUAAUAAAACUUGUAAUCAAAGAUUCUAUUUUCGUAAAAAAUAAAUCUUUCUAAAAUGGUGGAGUUAUAUAAAUUUACGAGGUAUUAUAAUUUUAAGUUGUAAAUUGCACAUUUGAUUCAAAUUAAUCUACUAAUGGAAAUGGAGGUACUAUUAGCUAUUAUAAUUCUAACAGUAUAGGAUUACUUAAUAUUACUCAAUCUAUGUUUGUUUAAAAUAGUGCUUUAUAAGAAAGAGGGGGAGCUAUAGCUAUGAAUUAUGUAGAUUUGUAGUUAUAAGAAGUUUAAAUGACUAAAAAUAAAGCAGUGAUUGGAGGAGCUAUUUACUAUUAAACUUUGAUACCAACAAUAUUUCUUUAUAAAAAUUACACAGAACUUAAUAAUAAUAUUAGUAAUAAUAUAGCAUAUUUAUAUGGGAACAAUAUAGGAUCUAUUUUAAGGAAGAUAGAUGUAACUCGAAUGGUUGCAAAUUAUGACUACAAUUACUUUUAUUAAGAAAAUUAAUAAAUUAUAUUAAUAGACUAGUUUCAAAGCGGAUCUUUAUUAGAACUAUCAAAUAUAAAUAUUUUAGAUGAAGAAGGUAACCCUUUUUAAUAUCCAAAAAAUAUCAAAUUUUCUAGUGAUAUCCAUUCUUUUCUGUCUUUUGUGUAAAUAGUUGUAUAGACUAAUGAAACUUAAAUAUAAAUACUUGGUAGUAAAUAUUCAUAAUUUCAAGAUUAGAUAGGUUUUAAUUUCAACUUAAACUUGGCAUACUUUUUCAAUAAAUCAGAUUCCUUUGUUUUAUCUACUUCAUCUACACUUUCCUUAUUAGAUAUAAAUGGAAAUAAUAUUAUAAAUCCAGGUGAUUAUUAGAUAGUCUUCAAAAUUUACUUUAGAAGUUGUUUAUUAGGUGAGGUAUAAAAAAAUUAGUAUAAUUUCUAAGUUUGUGAAGAAUGUUCAGAAGGAAAAUAUGCUCUUUCUCUUCAAGAUUAAAUUUGUUCAAUUUGUCCUUAUUCUGCAAUGAAAUGUUAAGGUUCUUCUAUACUUUUAAAAAAUGGCUACUGGAGAAAAAAUAAUUUGACUGAUAUUAUUGUUGCCUGUGAUUAAAGUUUUGACACAUGCCAACCUUAAGAUCAAAAAUCCAAAUUUGGCUGCAAAAAAGGUUAUGUAGGACCACUGUGUGAAUAAUGUGAUUAAGAUGGUUCAAUUUGGGGUGAUUAAUAUUUUAGUACUUUUUAGAAGAAUAGUUGUAUGAAGUGCAAUCAAAAUUUAUUCAUAUUUUUAUUAAAUUCUCUAAUUUGCUUUGGAAUAAUUUCAAUUUACAUAAAUUACUGCAUUAAAAAAAUAAUAAUUUAGAUAGAAAAAUAAUUAACAUGUCAUUACUUAAAGCUUUUAGAUUUAAUAUAUUUAAGUAACUCAGCUAGAACAGACAAUUCUCAGUCUUAUUCUAAGAUUAUGAUAGAUCAUUUAUAAAUUGUAUCAAUUAUUGGUGUACAAUUUCAAAGGAUACUACCAAUAAGUUAUAUAGCUCUAUCAGCUGGUAAUCCUCUUGAAAUAUAUGUUAAUUCUAUCACUUGCUUCUUACCAAAUAGCCUGUAAUAAUAUGCACCACUGUGGUUUUAAAAAGUUUUAUGGUCUUUCUCUCUUCCUCUAUACACGAUUAUUAUGUUUAAAAUUUAUAAUUCAAUCAGACAUUUUAUAAAAAAAGAAAAAAUAAAUUAAAGAUAUAACAUUACUGCUUUGAUAUUUAUCUUUAAUUAUUACUACACGUCAUUAGUACUAAUGUUAACAAAAUCUAUAGACUGUAGACGAAUUGGUGAUGAAGUAUACUCUUUCAUAGAUUUAAAUAUAUUGUGCUGGAAUUAUGAUAACCAUUUCAAAUAUAUAUUGUCAUUCAUAUUGCCAGCAUUACUUAUUAUUUCUUUUGUCAUACCUCUUCUUUUUCUCUUAAAAAUGAGGCAGGCUUUGAUUAAAAAAACAUUAAAAACCUAAAUGAGUCAAUAUUUCUUUUUGAUUGGAGAAUAUAAAUAUCAAUUUUAUUAUUGGGAACUAACUAAAUUCUUCUAUAAAACUUUAGUGAUAAUAGCCUUAAUUCUUUUGCAAGAUUAGCUAGUAAUUAAAGCCUGCAUAGUAAACUCAAUAAUGAUUUUCUAUCUAGUUGUAAAUAUUAGGAUUAAGCCAUACGAUUUAUAGAUAUUCAACGAGCUUCAUUACUAAUCAAUUAUAAUAUGCUUAUAUACUCUGAAUUUUAGUAUUCUCUAUUCAUAAUUUGUUUAAAAUAAUUACUAAUUCAGCUGGGUAGUAUCCAUUAUAGCCUUUAUUCUAAAUUUGUACUUCUUUUUUAAGCUAUUAUUCUAAUAAUACUUUAAAAUAUUGCCAUAGUAAGAAGCAAAUAGAAAUAUUUUCCAAAAAAUAGUUUAUUAUUUGAAGCAAAAAUUCCCUAAUUGCUUUAGUUCCAUUAAAAUGUCUAAUUUAAUCAAAUUAGGUACGGCUUUGAAAAUAAAAUUAAUUAAAAAGAAUAUUAAGACUUUGAGUCAAUUUUCAAAGUAUACAUAGUAGGAAUAAAGCUUCAAAAUGACAGGUUAUUUUUCUCAAAAUAAGAAUUCAUCUUCUGCAAAUUAAUAAUAUGAACAUGGUGAAACAUACAAAAGUUAAGAGUAGUAGUAACUAGCAUUAUAAAGUAAAAUGAUUUACGAUUCAAAUUAAACGAAUCUUUUAGAAUUUAGAUAAUAAUUAAAAUCAUCAGAAAAUUUAAAUUCAAAUAUUUACUCUCCUCAGCUGAAGCAUAAUUCCUCUCUGAUUACAAGGGUAAGCUCUGUUAAAAAAGAAAUCAAAGAAAGUUAUAUACUAGAAGAAGAUUAUUCAAUUGAUUCUCACGCUAAUUAGAUUAGCUAAACAAAUCAAAUAAUUAAAAAUCCUUUUGUUUUAUCUUUAAAAAAAUGUAAGCAGCAUAAGUAGCAAAAUAUUACAACAAAUAGUGAAAAAUCUAUUUAUUGAUACCUUAUUUAAAAAAAAUUAAUACAAACCUAUAUCUAUUUAUCUAAAAAUCUAAGUUUAUAAAUAAUUUUAAUUUUUUGUUACGUACAUGUAAUUGUGUUAGUGAAUUUUAAAAAUAUUAAUGUUAUUUUAUCCAA